UAGAUCGUGUUUAGUUUAUCCGUACCGUGAUAAAAGUGGAUACGUUCGCAUUUUGCGGUGUACGGAACGCGAUUUUAACAAUUAUCGAUAAUUAUACGACAUCUGUCAAAGUAAACUAUUCCGGAAUUCUGUGUAAACGAUGAAUUUCGUGUAAUAUUUAUAUUUUAAAUAGUGAAUUACAAUGCCGGUGUGAUAAAGUGUCCUUUUUUCGUGUAUUGUUAAAUGUAUGUGGAUAUAAUGCCUGGAAUUUGUGAUGUGUAUUGUGUUUAACUACGGUUUGGUGUGUGAGGAUUACACAGUUGCUUAUUCGGAUUAAAAAUACGCACAAAGCCAAGCCGCCAUGUUUAAUUUCAUGAAAAAGACCGCGGUCUUAACUGGCGGUGAUGUGGGGGGUGGUGAGGAGCGGGAUGGAGAGAAAGAGAGACGGAAACGGGAGAAGAAAGAGAGAAAAGAGAGGGAGAAGCGAGAGAGGAUAGCCGCUGGACUGGAGGAGCCGUUACGGCUGGAAGAGGUCCGGCGAUCGCUGAAAUUGCGGGGCAGACGCAAAGAAAAGGAGAAACUGCCUUCGGGCAUCACAGCUGACUACACCGCGUCCUUGUUCGCCCAUCUCGAGCAAGACUCAAACUACUCCAAUUACCCGCUCAUACCUACCUCGGGUUCCAACUCCAAUUUGAGCGACGAAAACAAUCACCUGUCGCCUAGUUACCCCACUACUCACACCUGGAACAAGAAGGAAGGCGUUCUCCAAUCCGAUAGCUCCGAAACAUCUCUGAACUCCUUAAAUAAUCCGAACAACGCCAACACCAGCCCUAGACAACCGCCAAAUCUACCUCCUAUACCACCACGUCCACCAAAACGUGGCAUCCUUAAAGGGCCACGUCUCAGCAAUACUAGUUCAAAUUCUGUAGAAAACAAUGUCCAAAGCACCGAUGCAGUUGAUAAUGUCAACGGUCAAGAUAUAAACCUGUUAGCCAGAAAUACUCAACAGAAUGAGAUGAUCUCUUACGGUAUCCCUCCUUCUAAGAGCACCUCUUCCAGUGAUGAUAUGCAGCACGUACAGAACUUUACCAAAAAAGUAAUCCAUAGCCCUGUGGAGACACAGUACAAAAACUAUAAGAAUAAUUCCAAUAACCCGUCGAUAACUACGCAGGACGUUGACGAGGCACCAAAGACGAAUGGGAACAGCUACCAUGGAGUGACGUCCACCUCUCCAAGCGCUGAUUCUCUAACUGAUACGACAACGAACUCUUCAUUCGCUACUCCUCCGUUUUCUACCUCACCCGUUGGCGAGUCCCAAGGGUUCCACCGGUGGUCCAAGACUAGUAAUUUCGAAGAUGUGUAUCUCCCGCUGCCGUCUUUGACUCCUGUGCGCUUGCCUAAGCCUAGGUACCUUACCAUCCAAAGGCAGAAAGCUCCAAGAAACGAUUUCGGCUUCAGCCUUCGUAGAGCGAUGGUUCAGGAGAGAAUCUUCAUCGGAGAUAUGAAUGGUCAUGAUAGUGCACUCUUAAAUGGUGACAAUAAAUGUAAUAAUCUUGGAAUGGUCAGCAAAUUGAAUUUGAAAGCUGUAAUUCUGGCUGAACCUGGAUCUUACCCUGGAGCUAGUGAGACAGGACUGUUACCUGGCGACCGGCUUUUGGAAGUAAACGGUGUGAACGUUGAAGAGAAGAGCCGAGAAGAGAUCAUUGACCUCAUCAAGGGAAGCCAAGACUCAGUGACAAUUAAGGUGCAACCGAUAGCGGAAUUGUGUGAGCUGUCUCGUCGGAAGGCAGCUGAUGGUGGUGGUGAUGUGGAGCUGUCAGAUAGUAACGUGAGGGGAGGCACUCUCAGCAGGUCCGGCAGUCGGAGGUUCACUAAUUCACAGGCUAAAUCAGAAGAACAACUAGCUUGCGAGAAAGAAUGGCUGCAGGCUGGUCAUAUGUGGCUGGCCCACCGAGGAGGGUUCACUGCGGUGAUGCGGGAGGGAGAGGCAGACCCUGGGAGGGCCAAGGUCCGGGUGCUGCAGACUGGAGAGAUCCUCACUGUCGAUGAAGAUGAUUUGGAGAAGGCAAACCCUCCCCAACUAGAACGAUGCGAAGACAUAGCGUCUCUCCGCUGCCUGAACGAGUGCGGAGCUCUGAACGUCCUCCGCUCACGCUACGCAGCUGGUCUGCCCCACGCCCGCGCCGGCCAUGCACUCCUGGUACUUGGGCCACCGAAGCGCACUGCUCCCAUUUACACUGAAAAGGUGGCUGCCAUGUUCCGUGGUUGCCGAGCUGACGACAUGCCGCCGCACGUGUUCGCGGCUGCGCAGUCCACGCACCGCUGCAUGCUGGCCUCGCGCAGAGACAGAGCUAUCGUCUUCCUUGGAAGGUCUGGUUCCGGUAAAACAUCGGCGAUGCGUCACUGCGUGUGGUACCUAGCUAGCGCGUACCCGGCGCAGGGCUCGAAGCUCACACCCGAACGAUUGGAUGCCGCUUUCGAUGUACUGCACUUGUUUGGAUCUACUAGGACCGGCUCCAACCCUCACGCAUCACGCUUCGUAUCCCUGACCUCUUUGGACUUCGACGGUGGUGGCGCUCUGGCUGCGGCAUCAGUACAGAUACUGCUGCCGGACCUCAAACCUGGACAGGCACCGCUAAGGGCACUGCACACCCUCUACCACGGCUGCGACGGCCGCCUCCGCCGCGAGCUCCUGUUCGACCAGGCUCCCAUCACGACUCCCAACCCAUUCAUGUCCUCCACUGAGAAGGCGGACGCUCCCACUGAGUUCGCAGCGCUGAAGGAAGCGCUGCAGCUGCUGGCUGUUACUGAGAACGAGCAGAUGGCCAUCUGGAAGAUCAUGGCUGCUAUUUGCCAUUUGGGAUGGGCGGGCGCUGUUAAAGCUAACACCGGCUCAGGCAUCAAAUACCAGUUCGCGAGCACGGGUUGCGGCCAGCGCGCCGCCCGACUACUGGGGGUCGGCACUGAGGAGCUUGCUAGAGCUGUGUUCGUGACCGUACCUACAUCGCCACAGACUAACUCUAAUCUAAGAACGCCAUCUCCAUCGAACGAGCGAGAGAUGUCUGGCACGGAGGCUGUGGAUGCGUUCGUCACUGGACUGUACAACGAGACGUUCAACAUCAUUGCUGCUUUAGUUAACAGGAGUCUAUCGACCUCAGCUCGCACGGCGGCGUCGAUCCUCCUGUUGGACACGCCGGGCGCGGACAACCCCAUGUGUGCCGGCCAGCAGAGCGGGGCGCCGCUGUCCAAGCUACUGUCCAACUAUCUACAGGAACGUUUGCAAGCAAUGUUCCACGAGGCUCUACUCGUGGCUCCACGCGAGAGAUACUCGCAGGAAGGCAUCACACUCGAUGAUGGAACUGAAGAAGAUUGGUUGUCGGAGACAGUGAACCCCGGUCCGAUGGUGGAGCUGUUGGACAAAGCGCCGCAGAACACGAUAGUACGCAGCUCGCAGGCAGACCUGCGCGAGUGUGACCGUAGGGGGUUGUUGUGGCUUCUAGACGAAGAGUCCAUGUACCCUGGUUCUUCAGACGACACGUUCCUGGAGCGUGUGAUGGCCCACUACGGCGCGCCCAACCACACGCACUACCUCAUCAAGAAGGCGCCUCAUGCCAGGCAGUUUGUGUUGCAGCAUCUACAGGGAACAAACCCGGUUUUAUACGAUGUGACUGGGUGGGUGAAGGCGAGCCGAGAGAACCCCGUUACUAAGAAAGCUUUGACAUUACUACAAGAGAGUCAGAACGAGGACAUCGGUCGGCUGUCGUCGUGGUCGCGCGGCGCGUGCGGCGUGGGCGCGUGGUCGUGCGCGGCCGACGCCGGCACGCUGCGCCGCGCCAGCUCCAUACGGAGGACGCUCACCUCGGGCACAGCGGGCAUGAAGCGUCGUUCAACAGCUUUACAAGCGAAGUUCGUAGCAGACGGUAUAGUGGACACGCUGCGCCGCUGCGGGGCUGGUGGACUCAGCUUCGUCUGCUGUCUCCUGGCCCACCAGCCUCAUGAUAUGCUGGACGACAUCAAUGUACCGCUGCUCAGGUCGCAGUUCCGUGGUUUCCAACUGCUAGACGCGGCGCGACUGUACAAGCAAGGCUUCCCUGAACACAUGCCGCUGUCAGAGUUUGCAAGGAGGUACCGUCUCCUAGCGACGUCGGACAACGAAGACUCGGACACGGUGCAGCAACCAGCGCUCUCCGACCGACAGAUUGUGGACGACAUGUUUCUGUCUUUGGACCUGGAUGUGACUAGCUACAGGCUUGGACUGACUCAGAUUAUGUUCAGAGGUGGCGUCGUGGGCGAGCUUGACGCACGUCGCGACGCUGCACUCGCGCGCGUUCUCGUGCGCUUACAGGCGCGUGCGCGCGGCCUCCUCGCGCGUAGACGCGCGCAACGUCUGCGCACGCAACACACGGCUGCGCGGUGCGUGCAACGCAACGUUCGCGCGUUCCUCGCAGUUCGAGACUGGCCGUGGUGGCGGCUGCUCGUACGAGUCACGCCGUUGCUGGCUGUUCAUAGAACCGAGCAUCGACUUAAACAGGCUCAGGAUGAGCUGGAAACCCUUAAGGCAAAAUUGGAAAAGGUGGAAAGUGAACGAACACAUUAUAAGAGUGAGUCGGAACGGCUCGAGUCUAAGCUAUCAGAAGUUGGUGGCGAGCUCGCAGAAGAACGGGCAGCGGCUGGACUGGCGACGGAACGCGCUGAUGCCGAAGCAGCCGAGAGACUUCGCGUUGAACGCGACAACCGAGACCUGCUCGCCAACAACCAACGAUUGCAGCAGGCCUCAGAACGACUCGAGCUCGAGCUCCUACACUGGCGUUCCGCCGACAGCGGUGGCGCUGAGCCAUCAGACUCUGAAGGCUCAGAAGCUGAUGCUGCAGCCUCUGGAGACAAAUACAAGCGAAGAUUCGAGAGGGCCCACAGGGAACUGCAACUCCUCCGCGCUCAGCUGCGCAGGCAGCAUGAGGAUGACCUUGAACAGCUCGUCACUGUCAAGAAACAACUGGAGAAGAAGGUCCAAGAUGCGUAUGAAGAGGUGGAGGAGCAGAGGGCGGUGGCUGCACAAUGGAAGCGCAAGCUGCAGAAGCUGACCAAUGACAUGGCAGACCUUCGGUCUUUGCUGGAUGAACAGACAUGUCGCAACAAUCUACUAGAGAAACGGCAGCGUAAGUUCGACGGCGAGCUUCAAGCGGCGCAGGAGGAGUUGAAGCGCGAGCGCGGCGCCAAGGAGCGACUGUCGAGGGAGCGAGACCAGGCACACGCCGAGAAAUACGCGCUGGAACAGAGCCUCUCUGAAGCUCGUCUAGAACUGGAGCUGAAAGAAGAACGGCUGGCUGCAGCGACACGUGAGUUGGAAGAACGCGGCGGCGGCGGGGACGAACUGUCCGCUCUACGCAGGACCAAGACGGACCUCGAGCGGCGCGUCAGGGACCAGGAGGAGGAGCUCGAUGAACUGGCCGGCCAGAUACAGCUACUGGAGAGCUCCAAGCUCCGGCUAGAAAUGUUACUGGAGCAGCAACGCAAGGAGGCCAGGCUCGAGGCCGCCGCCCGGGACGACGAGAUGGAGGAGACCAGGGCCAACGCUGCCAAGAAACUUAAGAUGCUGGAGUCCCAGCUAGAGAGCGAGCACUCGGAGCGCAGCCUCCUAUUGAGGGAGCGACACGAGCUGGAGCGCCGCCUGGCCGCCUUGGAGGAAACCGCCAGGGCCGAGACACACGACCAGCAACAACUCGUGCAGAGGCUAAAGAGGGACCUGAAGAGAUACCGCGCUCUACUCCGCGACGCUCAAACGAUGCUCGAACAGAAGGAAAAGGAGGGAGGCGCUAAAGCACAGAUUAGACAGCUCAAGAACCAGGUGGAAGACCUAGAGCUAGCAGUGCGAGCGGCGACGAAGGCCCGUCAGGCUGCGGAGGCCGAGGCUGCGGAGGCUAACGCGGCGCUGGAGGAGGCCAGCCGGGCGCGGGCCGACGCGGCCGAGCGCGCCAUGACGGCCGCCCGGGACGCCGCCGCCGCCAGGGCGCAGCUCGAUGAUGCUGAGGAGGAGGCUGCUGAGCUAUUGAAGAAAUACCGAUCCAGUACAAGCGCGCUAGUAGCAGCGCAGAGCGAGGCGCGUGAGGCCUGCGCCCGCGCCGACGCGGCGGCCGAGGAAGCUCGCGCGGCGCGGGACAAGCUCGCCGAGCUCACCGCCAGGCUCGCCACCGCCGAGGCGGGACACUCGCACGGACACGCCGAGGCUGAGCGGAGGCUCGAACUUAGGAAUAAGGAGUUAGAAUCCAGCCUGGAACUAGAGGCGACGGCGCGCGGUCGCCUGGAGGGGCAGCUGUCGCGGCUGCGGGAGGCCCACGAACAACUGGCCGCCGAGCUGGGGCAGGCGCGCGCCAGGGAACAACACGCCGCCGACGAGCUGCGCAAGUUUACUAGGCAACUCAGAGAACUUAAAGAAGAAAACAGCGCUCUGAACGCUAAGCUAAGCGAGGCCAACCGCGCUAAGGCGGCCGCCGAGUCCGCGGCGUCGGCCGCCUCGGCUGAGGCGCAGGCCGCGAGGGACGAGGCCAGGCUCGCCGCGCGACGGGCCACCGCGCUGCAGGAGGCCAUUGCCGGCGACCUGUCCAGUCCUGGGGACUCCAGGGAUACUGAUAGCGACAACGACAGCUACAGCUCGGACGAGUCCAUCGGCACGUUCCUGGCCAACCACAAGCUCAGCCCCUCCGCGCCGUCUAGGAACAGCGUGCAACUAGACACGCAGAAAUCCCAAUCAUCCGGAGGCCGCGAGAGCCGGUCCAGCAUGGGCUCCAGCAAGCAGAUGAGUCCGACUAAAGAAUCGUUCGCAUAACAACAAGCCGGUGGCGCCGGCGCCGGCCUGCUGACGCGCGCACUGCCCGCGCUCUGCGCCGUCUUCUGCAGCCCCCACACGCCCGCGCCCGCGCCCCAUAUCGUGCUCGACUGAAAAAAAAAACAAACGUCAAAAUGACAGCUGUCAAAAGUGACUUCUGUCAAAAGUGACAGCUGUCAAAAGUGACAGCUGUCAAAAGUGACAGCUGUCAAAUUGUGUGUGAGAUCAGAGACUCCUCAGUGCGAAUGAAAUGUUCUUAUCAAAUAUGCAUGUGCACCCCAUACCAGCGAUGAUUAUUAUUAAACGAUGUAGCAAUGGUACUCUACGCUUGGAAUUCAAUGUAACGAUGGCUCCUAAAUUAGACUGCUCAGUAAAACAAUAAUAUUACCACUUUUGAAUGGCAUUAUACACUAAUCGAUUUAUUAUAUACAUUCGAAACUUUCAUGUAUUCAUAGAAAAAGCUUUUGAUAUGAAAUUAUUAACGCGUUCGAUAAACAUGUUUAGGUAAUUCAGUGGAUUAAGAGACAGAUGGCGCUGGUGUCCUGGCCAGUGUUGCCAGGUAUUAAAAAUGAAUGCAUUCCAGAUUUAAAAAUAUCUUUAAAUAAAGAAGAACUUCUGAGUACUACAACGCCGGCGCCAUUAUACCUAGGCUUGGACUUUAAUUUAUUUAGCGUAGAAUUAUUAGGGAAUUAAUUAAUUGUUUAGAGAUCGCGCGGCGACCGGCCAGCCAGUCAGUAUUUAGACGGCCUAGAGGCGUGUAACUUACAAAAUAAUAUUAGGUUCUUUGUUAUUUAGUUAGCUAACUUUUGUAAAUAACUAGAUGGCAUAUACAUUUUUAUUAUUUAAUUUGUAAUAUUCGUGUGAUCAGACUGUUAAACUAUGAUUUAUUUGUUACAAAUGAGUUGUUGCUUUAUCGUAGACUUGAAACAUAUCUAAUAGUUAAAUAGAACAUGUUUUUUUUAAACUCCAUUCAUGACUGGUUUGUGUUAUAGUAAUUUUAAUAUUAGACGAUUAUCUUUAAAAGUAUGUACUCCUCAAUAUAGCGUUUCUUGUAAUUGUAUACUCCAUUACUCUCUACAUGUACGUAUUGCGUCUAUAUGUCUGUAACCAAUUUAUGAAAUUAUCUAAUUAUUAUGUGUACGUACUAUAAUGUGAUGAAAUGUUACUGCAUUCAAUACUGGUUGUAAAAUGAAAUUAUUUAAUAAAGUAACGAAAAUAUA